AUUCUGUUAUAUGAAAGCAGCAUCCAGGACAACAACAACCCUAUCAUCUGGAAACUUGGGACAGACAAGGAUUGACGAAUUGCUUCAGUCAUCGAAUAAGUUGGCAAAGUUGUCCAUUGCGUCGCAAGACCUUUCGCAAUGUUCUCUACAUAACAACGAAAACAAUUAUGAUUCACAAGAAAUACGCUCCAUGGAUAACUUAUCUUCAGUUAUGCCUUGUAUAAUAACACAGGAUGAGGAGCCCAACUAUUGUACACCCCAAGAUCAGGCUAUUUUGCACAAUUCUAGCUGUCCUCCUUCCUCUCCUGCACCAAGGAAAGUCCUCAAGUCAUGCUUUUAUUAUUCACAGUCAACACAAGACUCAGCCACUCAGCAUUCUCAGCUUUCGGAUGUUCCUAUUCGAAAUAUGUAUCCAAGUCAAGAUUCUGCAUUUUCUUCUCAAACUGGAAUGUUUUGGAACAUCAAUGGAAAAUGUAACAUAGGACAAGGCGACAAACAAAUAGAAAUGAGGAAGAAGAGAACACGUAAAGUUGAAAAGCAACAAGAGCCACUUACUUGCAUAUAUAACCCCUAUUUUGAAGUAUUAAAUGACAAUACUUUGGAAAGAACUCGCACAAAGCAGCAACAUUCUUUAAGAAACUCAGUAAUUGAACGUGAUAGUGAUACGUCUUCCCGAUAUUGGCAAGACUUUGAAGAAAUAGCUGUUUUAGGUAGAGGUGAAAGAGGAGUUGUGGUUAAAGCACGUCAUCGAAUAGAUGGAGGAAUUUAUGCAAUCAAGAUGUCAAGGAAACCACUUGUAGGAAACAGUUGUCAACAUGAAGCACUUCGAGAAGUUCAAAUUUUAGUUGCUUUAGGAGGCCAUCCAAAUAUUACGCAAUACUUUAACUCUUGGUUAGAAAAUGAAACUAUCUAUAUACAGUUGGAAUAUUGUUCAGGUGGUUCCUUAUCAACUCUUAUGAACGAUAUUAUUCCAUCCAUUGAUGAACUGUUUCGAAUAAUGAGAAAUAUUACAAGCGCACUAUGUUUUAUUCAUUCCAAAGGCAUCGUCCAUAUGGAUGUGAAGCCAGAGAAUGUUCUCAUCUCAAAAGGUGUGCACAAGUUGGGAGACUUUGGUUUAGCUUGCCUUUCUGAUCGUUCUGAUUUCAUUGAACAAGAAGGUGAUAAACGAUAUCUUUGUAGAAGCAUGCUUGACCCAACUACAGCCGAUUUCAAAUCUGCAGAUAUAUUUGCUUUAGGUGCUACUAUGUUGGAAAUAGCAACUGGUAAAAGUUUACCAACGAGUGGUGAAGAAUGGCAAAAGAUAAGAAAUAAUGAUGUGGAUCAAGGCUUCUUACAACAACGUUGUGGGUCACGGCUUUCAGCAUUGAUACGUUGGUGCUUAGCAUCGGACCCAAUGAAAAGACCAACUGCAGAAGAAUUAUUACAACGUUUUGAGCCUAAAAUUGAACGAGUUUUCGAAAUGGAACAAUUGUUGAUACAACAGAAAGCUUUUCAAGAAACUCUUCAACAAAAACUUGCUCUAAAGGAUGAACGAAUACAAAGAUUGGAAGCUGCACUAAAGGAAAUUUGUGUUGAAGAAGAAGGGUAACCACAGAAAUAAUAGAGCCAACUUUUAAAUAUCUUAGCGAGCUCCUUGCACUUGUAGAAUAGGCAAAGGGACAAUCGAUAGCUUUGGUUAUAACAGAUUUAUCAGUGGAAAAACGAAAGAAACUUCGUCAUCAUAUUGUCAAACGAUGAUGGAAACCUAUUCAGUUUCUCAUUGAGUCUUCUUGUUUUCCUUCGUGGUUGGUUGUACUUCAGGUGUAGAUUUUAUGAGAAAGAACGUCCCAACAAUAAAUAUCAAACCCAAACAAAGCGUAACGGAGAACAACAGCCAAAAGUUCUCCAUUUCCCAACGACGAUAACUACUGUUGGGGUCUAAAAUUUGCUGCCAGAAACCAGACUUUGAACUUCCCUGUUCAACCGUCUUCACAAAUUCAUCAGGUUCUGAAGUUGCUAAACCCAUAUUCACAAAGAACGUAACAGCAAGAGAAAUGUAUGAAAUAAGUAGUGACCUAGUUGUGACCAUUUUGGACUCCAAUUGCAUUGAUAUCCAAUAUUAUUGUUUU